GGGAAMUUGCAGCUUCAGACAAUUGAAAUCGUAGCUCGRUUAAGGAAGAAGGAUCUUUCUGCUAUACACUUGGUCCGACACUAAUUCAUGUUGACAGAGUGGUACCAUUUCAACGGAAAACAAUGGAACAAAUAGAAGAUAUGUUUGUGAAACCAGAGAGAAUUGGCGACGGUAAGUGUGAUACCCUUGCUAUUCAUCGGCAGGAGAGCCCGGGCCGUUCUCCCGAAUCCAAUUUCUUACGGAUGUCUGCUCGAUCAAAUAACACAGUGGGUAAAAUAUUUCCACACCCGCAGAAUGAAGUCGAUGUCUGGGAUUCCUCUAGAGACCCCGACACACCCGAUCGGAAACGCAAGACGUCCGACGACCGUCAACCCGAGUCUCCUCCAGAAAUCGAACGAAAGCACGCAGCAAACAGCUGGCAUCGAGAGAAGGACUUCCAGGUCCACCCKGGUCCAUUGAACACCGACUCUCCRGCAUCCUUCCCAAAACACUCGAUGGGGCACAACGAACCGUCUCGGUACCAUCGAGAGGUGACACCACACCACCAACCCGAGCUUCAGAGUGUCAAUAGCAAAAACGGCACCCCAUCGCUGGCUAGCGAAGAAGAUCGAAGCUUGCACGGGGGAUACGAUGCUCCGGCWUACCAYGGAACCAAUUACAACAACGGUGGAAACUACGUUCACGAGAACGGCCACUACCAGGGACACACUCCCAACCGCAACCAGGGCCAUUACUUGCCCGACAUGGAACCCUCGCAACAAUACAACCAAAACCAGCAGCAGGACAACUAUUUGCGCCCCCGGCGCUGGGCCUGCGACUACUGCAACGUAGCAACCUUUGUGAGCUACGAAGAGGCGUGUGCGCACGAGGAACAAUGCGCACGGCAGUAUUUCGAGCGAUACGGGCGCCACCCGCACCCGUCGAGGGGUCCGGUGCCGCAGUACGAUCGGCCGCAGCCACAGCAGCAACAGCAGCAGCACCCUCCCCAGACACCACCGCAGGGAGUGCUCGUCACCCCACCGCAGGGCCACACCGGGAAUCUUUCCCACGGAAACCAGGAUGUCGGUGGUCGCCAGAACUGGGGGUCGCGUGGCGGGCCUCCCAUGCCACCGCUAGCUCCUACCUCCCACGAUCCCGGACACCAUCCCCACCACCAGUACCACCCACACCAGAUGCACCACCAGCCCGUGUACCCGCACCACCAACAGCACCACGGGUACCACGGCCAGCACCACUCCAUGCACCACCCACCACACCMYCCACCACACCACAACCCCCACCACGGCUACCAACACCACCCUCCGUACGGUGGAUACCACGGAUACGACGCCGGUCCCAGCGGACAGGGACGGCGCGAUGCCUACCAGAUCAACCCGCAAAAACGCCUGCUUCUCGCCAUGGGCACGGACCAGGACAGCCUGUCCGACCGSCAGUGCUACGUUCGUGCGGAAAUGGUCGAGAUCUUYGCCGCCACCGAGAAGGACGUGUCCGCGAGACACUCCAAGGGGGCACAGAAACUCACCAUCGGGCAGGUCGGCAUUCGCUGCGUCCACUGCGCCCACCUGCGACCGAGGGAUCGCGCCGAAMGGGCCGUKUGCUACCCCUCCUCGAUCAGCAGGAUCUACCAGACCGUUGCGGACAUGCAGCGCUUCCACUUCGAGCAGUGCCGCGAGAUCCCGCCCAAGAUCCGAAAGAUCUACAAGUCGCUAAAGACCACCAGGCCCCGCGGUGUGGGUUCUCCGCAAACCUACUGGGUACAGAGCGCGAAAUUAUUGGAUUUGGUCGACACCGAGAGCGGAAUCCAAUUCGGAGCCGACGUCAAGGUGAAGGARGAAGAAAAGGACCAGCAGCAACAGCCGCAGCARCAGCARCAACAACAACAGCCGCAGCAACAAGAACCACCKUCUUCCGCAUAAACACAAAAUUGGGAAAUCUAGGGACCCGCGUCCAGUUUCAACACGCCGCAACGAUUGAACAACACGACGGAAUAAAUUCUAUUGGGAAAAUUUAUUUCACUACACGCAUUAAUUUAUUGAUUAUAAAAGUAUUCAUUGUUA